AUGCCAUCGGAGGAUGCGAAAGCUUUGAAGAAAGAGGAGGCUGAGGAUGACGACAAGAGCUUGGGUUCCUUUGUUAGGAAGAAGAACACAAACGCCAACAAUGCUGGUUCGUCUACGACAGCUUCGAGGAAAUUGAAGAAAGAGGAGAACGAAGACGAUGAUGAUAAUAAACCCAUCAAGUCAUCUCUAUCUGGGUCUCGCCCAAAGCCAGUAAAGAAGAAGGAGAUUGAUGAAGACGACGACGAGAAGCCUGUUUCCAAGAGGAAUUCCUCUGUUGGAGUCUCAAAGAGAGAUCCACUUAGGAUUUUCUACGAGUCACUUCACAAGCAAGUUCCCACUAGCGAAAUGGCUAAGAUUUGAAAGAAAGGAAAUGAUUCGAAACCAACCACGAAGAAGCGGAAGAAGGAUUCUGAUGAUGAGGACUCGGAUGAUGAUUUCUUGGCUAGCAGAGUCGCUAAGAAAUCCAGAGCCAAGUAG